AUGGAAGGCGCAGCGGGAAUCCUCGUUGCGAUAUUGAGUUUCUUCGUCCCUCCUCUCGGAGUCGCUCUCAUAGCAGGAUGUGGAGCGGAUCUACUCAUCAACAUAUUACUCACCAUCUGGCUGUGGUUCCCAGGCGUGAUCCACGCAUUCUAUCUCCUCUGGGUCUACUACGACCGUCGGGAGAAGUACAGGGCUGGCAUCCCACCGGCCCCGAGGGCGCCAUUUGUGUACAGCGAUAAGGUGCAGGCGGGCGGGCUGACGAGGCAUGGGCGGAUAUAA